AUGUCCAGUCUACGCUCCGCCGUGUACGUCGCGCCUCAGAUCCCGUUCCAGCUCCCGGGACCGGGCGGCAAGACAGGCCUCUGGUCCCCCAUCUCCUGCACCCUCAUCUACACAGACCGCGAGGCCGUCCUAGUCGACACGCCCAUCACCAUUCAUCAGACGCGUAACCUCAUCACCUGGAUCGAGAAAAUCGCACCCAACCGCAAGCUUACGUACAUUUACGUUACCCACGGCCACGGCGACCACUUCUUUGGCAUCCCGGUCCUCCUCGAGCGCUUCCCCGACGCCGUCCCCGUGGCCACGCCCGCCGUCAUCCGGCACAUGGCGCAGCAAGUCGAGGAGCCAGCCUUUUCCACCACCUGGACGUCGCGCUUCCCCAACGGCCAAAUCUACGAGCCGCAGCAGCCCACCGUCCUCACGAGCCCGCUGCCCGCGCAGCACAACACGCUUCUGCUCGACGGCGGCCGCCACGAGCUGCGCGCGGUCGAGGUCGGCCACUCCGACACCUACGACUCGACCAUCCUGUGGGUGCCGGACCUCAAGCUCGCCGUCUGCGGGGACGUCGUCUACGGACAGGUGCACCAGAUGCUGUUUGAGGCGAAUACCCGGCAGAAGCGGCAGGAGUGGAUCGCGGCGAUUGAGAAAGUCGAGGCGCUGCGGCCGGCGUACGUGGUGGCCGGGCACAAGCAGGCCGAGGAGGUGGACGGCGUCUGGCACCUGGCGGCGACCAAAAAGUAUAUACAGGAUUUUGGGAGAGUGCUGGCGGGCGAGCCCCGGGACGCCAAGGAGCUGUUCAAGGAAAUGAGCAGGCUGUAUCCGGACAGGCUCAACCCGGGGGCGCUGAUCCUGAGUUGCACGGGAGCAUUUCUCGUUUCAAAAGAGGCGCGUCUUUGA